UUCCCCCCUCUCUCUUUCUCUCUCUUCCCAAAUCGAUUCAACAACGUCCACUAAUUCUCUUUAGAGCUUGGAAGAUUCCGAAUCCGAUCUCAGGCGAGUUGAAGCUCAGGACGAUGAAUCAGUACCACAUAUAUGAAGCUAUUGGGCAGGGCAAAUGCUCGACUGUGUACAAAGGAAGGAAGAAGAAGACGAUCGAGUAUUUUGCCUGCAAGAGUGUUGACAAGUCGCGGAAGAGCAAGGUGCUUCAAGAGGUCAGGAUCCUUCACUCGCUAAAUCAUCCAAACGUACUCAAGUUCUAUGCGUGGUAUGAAACUUCUGCUCACAUGUGGUUAGUUCUGGAAUAUUGCGUUGGGGGUGAUCUCAGGACAUUAUUGCAGCAGGACUGUAAACUGCCAGAAGAUUCAGUCUAUGGUCUUGCCUAUGAUCUCGUCAUAGCCCUGCUGUAUUUACAUUCGAAAGGAAUUAUAUAUUGUGAUCUGAAACCAUCAAACAUCUUACUUGAUGAAAACGGACAUAUUAAGGUACGCAUGUUGCUAUGUGUGAUUUGGAUGGCAAGGAAGCUAGAUGAUAUUUCGAAAUCUCUUCAACGGUAAAUAAUUGGAAAACGUGGUACCCCGUAUUAUAUGGCUCCGGAACUAUAUGAAGAUGGAGGGGUCCAUUCUUUUGCUUCUGAUCUAUGGGCACUUGGGUGUGUGUUAUAUGAAUGUUACACAGGGAGGCCUCCUUUUGUGGCAAGAGAGUUUACCCAGCUUGUGAAAUCAAUUCAUUCAGAUCCAACUCCUCCACUCCCUGGAAAUGCAAGCCGUUCUUUUGUCAAUCUCAUUGAGUCUCUUCUUAUCAAAGACCCAGCUCAAAGAAUACAAUGGGCAGAUCUCUGUGGUCAUGCAUUUUGGAAGAGUAAGAUAAAUUUAGUACAUUUGCCGCCUCAGCCUGCUUUUGAUAGUAUGAUUGGCAUAUACACAAAGCCAUGUCUUUCCGAGCAUAACGGAGACAGACCAAGCAAGACCCCACCAAAGUAUCGGGAGAAAGAACCAAAAGGGGGUUCAAAGCACAAGGAGAACUCCACUCAAGUUUCAAGGGGCCGUGAGACGCCACAAAAGGGUACUCCUGGUGGUUCUAAAGCUCAAACAAGGAUUCCUAGUAAGGCAACUGAGGAAAAGCAUGGAGGUCGUCCGGGUGCUAAUAGACAGGUGAAUAUUCUAAGAUUGUCAAGGAUUGCAAAGGCAAAUCUUCAAAAGGAGAAUGAGAAGGAAAACUACAGGAGACCCUUACCUAAUAGCAACGAGAACUGUGCUGAAGUGAAGAUCGAGAACACUGAUAUGGAACUUGAUUUUGAUGAAGACAAUGAGGACGAGGGACAAGAUGAAUCAGAAGAAAACGAGAACACCUCUUGUGCACAAGAUGAUAGAGUUUUGAGUCAAAAUGAGAGUCACAGAACACAAGGAGUUAUGAGCAAUAAUGUGCCUGAUGAUAACUCGUCUGCAAAUGAAACACCAACCUCGGGUGAAGCCAGAGAUUGCCAUGAAGAGCAGUCAGAGCCUAUUGAAGUGUCAGCUGCGCUACCUAGUGCUAGUCCUCAACUUAAAACUCACAGAGGAAGAGAAGUUUCUGGGCUUACUGUUAAUCACGACUCGUCUAAAACACCUAACAGCCUCAGUGACGUCCUUUGGCAUUUAUCUGAUCUUUCUGUUAGACCUGUCAUGCCCAGUAGAAAAUCUGACAAAGAAGCUUUGCCUUCUCUCUCAUUUGAAGCACCACAGCCUUCUGAUUUUGGUAAGAUGGGAAAGCAAGAAUUAGAACCGCUUAACAAUAGGAUCAUAACGGUUCUAAGCGGGAGUAGUGCUGCCAUGUCAGAGAAACAGAAUUUGAUCAGAUACCUCGAGAAAUUGAGUAGCAAUGCUGAUGCAGCCAACUUAUUGACCAACGGGCCAAUAAUGCUUGUGCUUGUUAAAGUUCUGCGGUUAUCCAAGACCCCGGCGUUUCGUGUACAAAUUGCUUCUCUAAUUGGUUUGUUAAUUCGGCAUUCUACUUCCAUUGAAGAUGAUUUGGCAAAUUCCGGUAUUUUAGACUCUCUAACAAAUGGCCUCAGAGACAAGCAUGAAAAAGUGAGAAGGUUCUCUAUGGCAGCUCUAGGUGAAUUGCUAUUCUACAUCUCAACUCAAAGUGAGCAUAAGGAUUUCAAACCAACAGAAUCUCCAUCAAAAGAAACCCGGUCUGCAUCGGGUUGGCAGGUUUCAAAUGCCUUGAUCUCUCUUGUAUCAUCUGUCUUACGCAAAGGAGAAGAUGACCUGACUCAGCUCUACGCGUUAAGGACGAUAGAAAACAUCUGCAGUCAAGGAGCUUAUUGGGCCACCCGUUUCUCCAGCCAAGAUUUGAUAAGCAACCUCUGCUAUAUAUACAGGGCAGUUGGGAAACAGGAGAGCAUGAGGCAGACUGCUGGAUCAUGUUUGGUCCGUCUUGCUCGGUUUAACCCUCCUUGCAUUCAGACUGUUGUAGAGAAGCUUUCACUGAAGGAAAUAGCUUCAUCUUUUGUCAAAGGCAACGCACGUGAGCAGCAAAUCUGCUUAAAUCUUCUGAAUAUGGCUAUGAUUGGAAGUCACACAUUCGCAAGCUUUGGAAGGCAUCUUGUGACAUUGACAGAGGAGAAAAAUCUUCUCCCUAGUUUGCUCUCCAUCAUAGAGCAAGGAACUGAAGUUCUAAGGGGAAAGGCUGUUCUCUUCAUUGCACUUCUCUGCAAAAAUAGUAGGCGAUGGCUAACAAAUUUCUUCUGCAAUACAAGAUUUCUGCCUGUGGUGGACAGAUUAGCCAAAGAAAAAGACAGUUAUGUGCAACAAUGCCUUGAGGCAUUCGUGAAUGUAAUCGCCUCCAUAAUACCGGGUUUGCUGGAUACAAUAACCAGUGAGAUCCAGCAACUAAUGACAGGGAGACGCCAUGGCCCUGUCUCUCCCCUUAACAGUCGAGCUGCUCUAAAGACUAAUGCACACUUGUUCCCUGUGGUUCUUCAUCUUCUUGGAAGCUCUUCGUUUAAGAACAAAAUGGUAACCCGACAAAUUCUACGCCAGUUGGCAAAUCUUACAAAACUUGUGGAAGCCUCAUUUCAGGGAAGAGAUGACUUCCGUAUAACCCUACUUCAAGUUUUAGAAUGCAUAGCAGAAGAUGCUUCUCUGGUUACACAAAAUGCUGAGAUUAUUAUCCGUGAGAUUCUCCCAUCUUUAGCUUCAAUUUACAAUGGGAACAAAGAUGGCGAUGCUCGGUUUCUCUGUUUGAAGAUCUGGUUCGAUUCAAUGACAAUUCUCUUAACUGAGUGCACCGAAAUCGAGCAACAAACAUCUGAGGAUUUGAAAUCAAUAUCCAACUCUCAUUUCCUCCCGCUCUACCCUGCAUUGAUCCAAGACGAAGAUCCAAUCCCAGCCUACGCGCAAAAGCUCCUCGUCAUGCUAGUUGAGUUUGAUUACAUCAAAAUCUCCAACAUAUUGCAUCAGAAUACAGUUUCACAAUGCUUUGAGUUUCUUCUUGGAGACCUAUCAAGCGCGAAUGUCAACAACGUCAAGCUUUGUCUUGCCUUAGCCUCAGCUCCAGAGAUGGAAACUAAACUGCUUUCUCAGCUCAAAGUAGUGAGGAGAAUUGGAAAUCUCUUGGAAUUCGUGAAUGCCAAAGACAUGGAAGAUUUCCUUGAACCCACUUUAAAUCUCUGCAGAGCUUUUCUGCUACGGUCACUUGGGAACAAGAAAGGUCUCAGCUCCAAUUACACGAAGGAGCCAACGCUUUUAUCAGAGACAUCUUUUACAUUCGAGGUCGAUCCACAAGAAUGUAUAAGAGACAUUGCAGAUUUCGGUAGCAACAUUGGCUUAUUCUUGGGCCUCGCUGCUUUAGACGACACUAGCAUCGCAGUCGCAGAUAUUGCUUCUGAAUGCGUCGUGUUGCUACUUAAAGCGGCUUCAAGAGAAGCCACGACGGGAUUUUUAACCAAUCUUCCUAAGAUCACACCGAUUCUCGAUGCGUGGCGCAGGAGGACGAGCACGGAGCAACGACUGUUGGUUUUGAAGAGAAUUCUGCAUUGUUUGGGUUACGCGUGCAAGCAGUAUGUAUCGCAGGCGAUGAUUUUGUCGAUAUCAGGACAUGAUGUCUCUAAGAUCAACGCCAUUGUCUCUGAGAUCGCGAACUCAGACGUGGCUGGUCUAAAUAGCGUCGCUUCGCUUGUUGCUAUGGAGUUGCAGAGGUUGCCUCGUUGAGUUUGAAGUUUACUGAACCGUUACAAGAUCUUUCAUUGUUAUUUGUUUAACGGAACUCAUUCUACAUUUUCGUCAUUCCUCGUUACUAACUAGUUCCAUUCCAAAUAUCAUGAUGUUUUAUC